AAAGUAGCAGCCAUCAAUAGUUAAUUAAAUAACUAAUAAGUACUAGAAAAUCACCAAGUGUUCUAACACCUGUGAUAAUUGUCAUAAACAUGGCCGUUAGCCAUUUUGAUGAAAAAAGUGGUAUUGUACCAUGUAUUACAAAAUGGGGUAGAUGGUGGCAAACUGUGGAUGAAUUACAUAUUGAAGUAACUCUACCAGUUAAUACCAAAUCCAAAGAUAUCAAAAUCAAUGUCACUAACUCAAGUAUUACUUGUCAAAUUUUAGGAAAAACUUUAUUUUCUGGUAAUUUAUUUAGAAAAGUUCAUGGUGAUGAUACUUUAUGGACAUUAGAAGACAAUGGUACUUUGUUAAACAUUGUUUUAACAAAAGCAGAUUUUUCAGAAAAAGAAAUCGUUUGGGAAGCUUUCAUGAAGGAUGGAUCAUUUAAAGCAGAUCCUUUAACAUACCUUGAAAUGUCAAAGAAAAUGGAUCUAGAAAAGCUUCAAAUUAAGAUUCUAUAAUCCAUAAAUUAAAAUAUUCUUUAUGAUAAUUGAAAAAUAGGUAAUCAGAAUGUUUUAGAACAAUUAUACCUUUUAUGUAAUAUUUACCUUGCAUGAAUAUACAGUUGAAGCUGCUUAUUAGAAACACAGAUAAUUGAUACCAUCGCGUUAUUGCAACAAAAUGUCUUGGGACGGAUCAGCCGUAUAUUAGAACAUUGAAAAUAAAUCAGAUUAUUGAAACAUCACAUCGGUUAUUUGAAACAAUUUGGAGAAGGUCAGUUGACAUAUGCACCGAUUAUCCGGUGAUAACCAAUGAACUUCAAUUUUUCUUUCCUGUCAUUACGUUUAUAUUUACUAUAAUUUAUCGUGAGAAUGCUCUUUCUGUAUGUAGUGGUCGUAUCGUUUGUAGUUUAACUUCAGCGUGCGUAUGUAAAGAUUAUUAGUGUUUCCUUUUUUCUAAAAAUGUCUAAACGCUAAGAUUUUAGUCAAUUUUCAUGCGACCAAUCGUGGUUUGAAACUCAUUAGACCGAUUUGCUAUCCCCCAAUACACACCCUCUGAUAUUUUCAAUGCGAAGGAAACUGGGAUUUAUUUUGGAGCUUUACCUGAACACACAUACACACUCAAAAUAAGUGACAAAGCCAAAGGGGCAAUAUUACUCGUAUAAAAAUAUGGUCAUGGAGUUACUCGACGCAAAAAAACAAAUUACGAAUGAUAAAUAUUUUAAAUAAUAUCA